GGGCUUCCAACGUUCCUUGUCAUGAGCACACCACCUCCUCAAAUCUCUUUCUCAACUUCAAAGCAUCGGCCACGUCGACCAACUCGUCAGAUACCUUCUGUUCCAAAGCCAACUGAUGAUGAUCCGCAGGAUCCUGUUCCUUCCGAGGAGCGCUAUUUGGCUCUGACACCUCUCCGAGCUCACUACCUGAAGAAAUCACUAAUACAACUUCAAUUCCGCAAAGAAUUAAAUCUUAUAACAAACGCACCUGAUGAUGGUGGCUCCACCCUUGCAUACCUUGGGACCCCGUUUACGCCGCCCCCAAUGGGUGCUCAGCCCCUUGAUUUACCCUUCUUGAAGUAUAUGUUCCGCCAAUUUGUUUUAACAUUCCCCCUCCUCGCAGCUGCAGAUAAAAGUUUCUAUCCAAAUAAACUACAAGUAUUUGUUGCUUCCGCUCUUGCGAAGAACAUAUCCCCCACCUCAUUACUUGAGGAUGAAAACGAACCCAAGGCUGCUCGCCUCAAACUGCUUGACAGUAUGGAACGGAACUUUGCCCUAUUUUUCAGCGCUGGUACAAAGCUAGCAGAGAAAGAAGAGGUCGUUCGGCUCAACCAACAUGAUCUUGAUCGCCUCGAGCAACUCGCUAAGAAGCGGCAGGCACAGUUAGCCAAACAUCGCGACGUAUUCGAAGUAAAUAUUGUAUGUGUGAGGAAUAUCACAGACAAGGGUCGAGUCCGCAGUCGGGUUCACGAGGAAUUCAUCAUCAGGACUCGGCUAUCAGAAGAUAGUGAGGUUUGCGUGUCUCGAAGGUAUGGCGACUUCAAAACGCUUGCAGAUGAGUUGCGCAAAUUUCAUCCUGAAGAGAUGGUACCUUCCCCGCCCGUCAAAGAUCGUACGAUCGUCAAUGUUCCGCGUUCGACCUCUCCUCCAGAAAUAUCGCGGAUGCAACGCACAACCCUCUCCGAUUGCAGUGCCACGUUCUCGGAUGGUUCAUCUGAUUCGCUCCCGCACUCUUCGUCUUCUCAUCAGUCCUGGAAUGGGAGAUCUCCACCGCGGCUGUCCCGGGAAAAGAAUAGGUUGACCCUUAGAGCUUAUCUGCACUCUCUCAUGAACAAUAGGGUAAUCGGGAGCUCUCCCGUGCUCAAAUCUUUCUUACUCAGCGGACCUACUAGUUUGAGUCCUGAAGAGGUAGAAGAUGCUCGGAGAAGGGAAGACGCAGAUAGAAUUCGUGAAAAUGGGAGGAAACGGUUUGCGCACGAAAUUGCUGCUCGUGUCGAUGGUUUAAGAGAUGCAGUGAAGAGCGUCAAGGGUGAUAUCAUGGGGAAAGAUGGACUCAGUCAUAUCUUCACCAUAAUUAAGGUGACUCCCGACAUAAACCAAUUACCUCCUAAUUAUCGGGCCGUGACAGAAUGGGGCAGAAUAACGCUAGCCUCGACGAUCUUCCAAAUGUUCGUUGCGUCUGAUACUGCGUCGGAAACAUUCGCAAGCAUGAAACGUUUACAUGGGUUGAUGCCUUACUUUUUGCUAAGGACAGCGCUCAAGAUAAGCAGUCCAGUUGCCAUGAUACGCAGCGUGGUGGACAUCUUUCUGGCGACUCCGUUCGGUGGAAGAAGUCUCCUUCAACGAAUGUUCUCUAGCUCUCUUACGGAAGAGGUCACAAUUAUCGAAGAAGAUAUCGAGGCUGUAAAAGCCAAAGUUGAUGACCCUGUCAUGUGUGAGAAGCUCCGCCUAUUUGUCAACGCCCCGCGCGACAUCCAGGAUACGUAUCGAACGGAUGCAAAGAACGGGAAAGUCCCCGUACUUGUUGUCGUUCUGCGAUCUGGAGAAGAACCCAGGUUAAAUCGUGACCAAUUACGCAGAGUGCACCGGGCGCAUCUUGCACACGCGGCAUAUCUGAGGGAGCGGGAAAACCUUGUGGACUCAGACGAUGACGAUGGGCCAACCAACGAGGAGGCAUGGCUGUUUGAGGAUCUAAAGAUGCUCGUGCAGCUUUAUUCCCGGUUGAGAGAUCGGGAACAGUUGAUUGCACUAAUAUUCGAGGGUGUUACCGCUGAGUUGUUGAAGGAUAUCAUCUCCAUUUUUUAUGCGCCAUUAGCUCAAGUAUACCGGGCUGCCAAUAUUGGAAAUUCUGUAUCAGAUCUGCAGAAUUUCAUCACCGAUUUAAUUAGGGUCGUCGAGGCUACGGAAGAAAUGAGCGAAGAGGAUCCCCAGGCCACCGUGCAAACCUUUAUUGAUCUCGUCGGCCGGCAUGAGCAAGCAUUUUACUCUUUCGUGCACAAGGUACAUGCAAACGGGAAGGGCUUGUUUGAAAACCUGAUGCAAUGGAUUGAAAAAUUCCUUACUGUCGUCCGGGAAGGUCUGGGAUCACCGGUGUCGCUUGAAUGGCUACUUCCCCACGGUGGGCAAGAGCGCACGAAUAUGGUGAACGAGAUAGACGAGGUAGCUCGGUACCAUUACAAGCUGAAGAUCGCACACGAAGAAAAAGUGCGCAGGCGUUUCACGCGGGCUCAGGGACAUAAUGACGCGGACGCCGAAGAUGAAGCCACGCAGGCCCUGGUGCACAGCGUGGUAGGCGAAAUUAAUUUCGGGGAACUGGUUCAAAGUGAUGCUCUUGAUCUUGCCGCGGAGGAAACGGAUGAUGAAAGCGAUGAGUCUUCUAGUGAGUACGAAACAGAAAGUUCGGGGAGCUACGAAGAUGCCGAGAGCGAGGAGAGCGAGGAGGAAGGGCCAACUCCAACUCGGUCCCGAGUGCAAACAGCUAGGCCAUCUCCGCAUGUGUCGUCCCCGCAACGCCCGCUGACGCCUCCACCUGUGCAACAACCUCCCCCUUCUACCCGCCAGCGAUCCAUCUCAUUACGGAGCACGAAAUCUGCCAAUUUCCCCCAUCAGUCGAAUUGGAAAGAUGUCCCUCCUGUCCCGCCAUUACCGCCAUCACUUCGUCGUGCGGACAAACCGUUACCCCCACCUCCCCCCACCCUAACUGCACGUUCCGCGGAAAACCUUCAGCGUACACUAGAUCACCCACCGCGUAGAUCGAAGGGAUCCACAGACAUGCUCAGACCUCCUGAUCUGGUUUACAUUCCACAGCUGUUGCCAUUAUUUGUGGAAGUGAUGCGACCGAACCUACGUAGGACGGAGACAUGAUAAGGUCAAGUUGGAUCAGCAAGCUGUUGUAUUUAUAGGAAUUCUGCGCAGCUUGAUAUUCUACUAUGUUUUGACAGAUUUUGUUGUUUCUGCAAGCCCCAUCUGCUGUGGUAGAUCUGGUAUCCCAAAUUGCUCAGUUUGUGCAGAUGUUUGUGCAGACCACGUCUUGUCCUUACUAGCAUACAAGCGCUCCGGUCCCCUUCGGACGGUUGUGCCUUGAUUUAUAAUAACAGCCGCCUGUACACUACGUCUCUUCCUCUCCUUGAAGUCCUUCUCAAAAAAGCGCUUAAAUGUCUCUACGACCUUGAC